GGUCGGAACGCGCACUGCUCGCGGGUUUGUUUCCGGCCGGAGGCUUUCGCGGAGCGCCCCGCGUCCCCGGGGGGCGGCGGUGACUCCCGAGGCUGCAAAGGCACCCGGGGGUUCAGAAGUCAACGCCAUGUCGAGUCUGCACAAGAGCCGGAUUGCAGAUUUCCAGGAUGUCCUGAAGGAGCCUUCAAUUGCUUUGGAGAAGCUUCGGGAACUCAGUUUUAGUGGCAUUCCCUUUGAGGGCGGACUGCGGUGCCUCUGCUGGAAGAUCCUCUUGAACUACCUCCCCUUGGAGAGAGCUUCAUGGACCUCCAUCCUGGCCAAACAGAGGGAGCUGUACUCUCAGUUCCUGAGGGAAAUGAUCAUCCAGCCUGGCAUCGCCAAGGCCAACUUGGGGGUAUCCAGGGAAGACGUGACCUUUGAGGACCAUCCCCUCAACCCCAACCCCGACAGCAGGUGGAACACUUACUUCAGGGACAAUGAAGUGCUGCUGCAGAUCGACAAGGAUGUCCGGAGGCUGUGUCCAGAUAUGUCCUUCUUCCAAAGGGCCACAGAGUACCCCUGCCUCCUCAUCCUGGACCCCCAGAAUGAAUUUGAGACCCUUCGUAAGCGUGUUGAACAGACAACGCUGAAAUCCCAGACAGUGGCCCGGAACCGGAGUGGAGUCACAAAUAUGAGCUCCCCGCACAAGAAUCCUGCGCCGGCCCUGAAUGAGUACGCAGUGCUGCCCAACGGCUGCGAAGCCCACUGGGAGGUGGUGGAGCGAAUCUUGUUCAUCUACGCCAAGCUCAACCCCGGCAUCGCGUACGUGCAGGGCAUGAACGAGAUCGUGGGGCCUCUCUACUACACCUUUGCCACUGACCCCAACAGUGAGUGGAAAGAGCACGCCGAGGCGGACACCUUCUUCUGCUUCACCAACCUUAUGGCCGAGAUCCGGGACAACUUCAUCAAGAGCCUGGAUGACUCACAGUGCGGCAUCACCUACAAGAUGGAGAAGGUGUACUCCACCUUGAAGGAGAAGGACAUGGAGCUCUACCUGAAACUGCAAGAGCAGAACAUCAAGCCGCAGUUCUUUGCCUUCCGCUGGCUGACGCUGCUACUGUCCCAGGAGUUCCUGCUGCCCGAUGUCAUCCGCAUCUGGGACUCUCUCUUCGCUGAUGACAACCGCUUUGACUUCCUCCUCCUGGUGUGCUGUGCCAUGCUCAUACUGAUCCGGGAGCAGCUCCUGGAAGGGGAUUUCACGGUCAACAUGCGGCUCCUGCAGGAUUACCCCAUCACGGACGUCUGCCAGAUCCUACAGAAAGCCAAGGAGCUCCAAGACUCAAAGUAGCCUUGCAGCAAGAGGCCUGGCUUGGGGAGGGCAGUUCCCCACCUGGCUUCCAGGACCACCAGCCUGGAGGAGGCUGCAGGCUCAGCCUGGCUCGCAGGCACACCGCUGGGCGGCACUGCACUGUGCUGCAUCCCAGCCUCGCAGCCCUGCUGCCUCCCUGCCCUUCAGCCGUGCACCAUCUUCCCAGGCUGUUGAACAGGGCUCCAGGGCCCAAACGGGCUGUGCCAUUUGGGGCACCGGAGGGCUGGCAGGGCUCCCUCCUGCCUCUGCCCCUCUGCUCUUCCUUCUUACUUCCGGCCUUCUGGGCACUGGUCAGCUGGUGUGCUAGGCAAAUGGGCCAGAUACCACGUUGGGCUUGGUGCUCAGGCCUCCCUUCGGGGAAGCCACACCGAAGGAGCCCAGUGACUGCCAGGCCCACGUCCCCCCUCUGCCCCUCCCACCAGGAGUGGCAUGUGUGUCCCCUAGACGUCUCUGCUUGUCUUUGUGUGUUAGGGGUGGGGUGAGGACCCCAAAGAUAUUGGGGUCCCUGUAGGUCCCUGCUCCCCCUUCUCUGGCUCUCUACCUCUGUCCCUCCCACCUCUUUCUAGAGUGUGAGUGUUACUCUUGCUGUAUCUUCCAUACUCGCUGCUCUCUUGGGGUGCCUUAUCCUGAGCCUCCUGAACUCUCCUCCCCUUUGCUCCCACGAAGCCAGAAGGCGGAGUCUGGCUCACCAGGGCUCCUGGAGGUCAGCUUUGGCCUUGGCAUCCUGUUCCCAUCCCCCAGCCUGAGACUCCCAGGUUCCCCAGGCUGGGAGGGAAUUCUCGGGGUGUCACCAGAGGGCCCUGGUCCUGUUCCCCGUGACAGAAAUCUUGGAAACCAAAAGCUGCCGAGAAGCUGUGGCCCGAGAAGCUUUGCUCCCCAUGCCGGUUCUGUGUGUAAGAACGGAGGGAGCGUGGGCUCCUGGGAGCGUUCCCAGUGGCCUUUGUGUCUCGGAGAACAAGGUUAUUAAGGCCAUUCUGGGCCAGGCAUGCGGGACCUGAGGAGCUGA